UCAUGCUGCACUUUACGUCCACAGGAGACGCGAGCUGGUCUUGACGUCAGGAGGAGCGCAAGCGGCGCUGCGCACAUGCAAGCCCGGCCAGCAGCAGCACAUCCCGGAGGCAAGGAGCGCACAUCCCGGGCACAGAUCGCCAUUUCGCUAUAGUGUGGCGACCGGUCAGCACGCAGGAUGCCGCUGGGAGAAGAAGACAGUGGAUGGAAGAAGAAGACGUCCGACAUUAAAGAACAUUAUGACUUCAAAGAAGUGCUGGGAACGGGAGCGUUCUCUGAGGUGCUUCUAGCGGAGGAGAAGAGGACCCAGAGGCUGGUGGCCAUCAAGUGCAUCCCCAAGAAAGCGCUGGAAGGCAAAGAGAACAACAUCGAGAACGAAAUCGCGGUUCUGCACAGAAUCAAGCACCCCAACAUCGUCUCGCUGGAGGACAUCUUUGAAAGUGCAUCUCAUCUCUACCUGGUCAUGCAGCUAGUAUCAGGCGGCGAGCUAUUUGACAGGAUCGUGGAGAAGGGCUUCUACACGGAGAGAGACGCCAGCCAGCUCAUCAGACAGAUCUUGGACGCGGUCAAAUAUCUUCACGAUAUGGGCAUCGUGCACAGAGACCUGAAGCCGGAAAACUUGCUGUAUUACAGCAUGGAUGAAGACUCCGAGAUCAUGAUCAGUGACUUUGGCUUGUCCAAGAUCGAAGGAACCGGCAGCGUCAUGUCCACGGCAUGCGGUACUCCCGGAUAUGUGGCUCCAGAGGUGCUCGCUCAGAAGCCGUACAGCAAAGCAGUGGAUUGUUGGUCCAUUGGAGUCAUUUCUUACAUUUUAUUGUGCGGCUAUCCUCCGUUUUACGACGAGAACGACGCCAAGUUGUUUGAGCAGAUCCUGAAAGCGGAAUAUGAAUUUGACUCUCCUUACUGGGACGACAUCUCUGAUUCAGCCAAAGACUUCAUCUGCCACAUGAUGGAGAAAGAUCCUGAGAAGAGAUCCUUGUGUGAGCUGGCACUGCAGCAUCCAUGGAUCUGUGGUGACACAGCUUUGGACAAGAACAUCCACGAGUCCGUCAGCGCUCAAAUCAAGAAGAACUUUGCCAAAAGCAAAUGGAAGCAAGCGUUCAACGCCACAGCAGUAGUGCGUCACAUGCGCAGGUUGCAGCUGGGGACCAGCGUGGAAACGUCGAGUCAGAUCACUUCCAGCAACGCCUGUCAUGGACGUCUGCUGCCUGAGGACGACGAGGACGACUUGGAGAACGGAGAGGAAGAGAGAUUGUCUCGCUACAGCGAAGGUCGGCGUGGGAGCGCAGACGGCAGCACGGACCGAGACAGCCUGCGGAGCUGCACUUACUGCUGCAGGCCGGCCAGUCGCAUCUGAGGCGACGUCACUUCCUUUACGAACUGUUCUAUUUCUGAAUGACGACAUCAAGGCCCUCUGAGCACCAGGAGCCCCUCGGCCCAGUCUGGCUCGGAACGGCUCCGCCCCGCCUCAAACCUUCCCCCGCAGUCUUGGUCAGACUGGGUCGGCGCCGAGCGCUUCUGAGCUGCAACGAGCGUUCAUGCUGGGAAACAUCAAAUAUGAAGGAAUAUUUUUAUGGACUUAUGGAUGUUCUGGUCCAACGAGAGGCUCCCACUGACAUCCCCCGCCAUCUCCCAUGGGAUCUCAGUGCGAGCGCUCGGCGACUUCGUGACGUGCAAACCUUUUUAUUGUGGAAGUUGGUUUCCUGUUUGCAUGACCUAAUGAAACAUGUUUACAUGAAUGAUGAUCAUAUUCACAUGAAUAUUGUUGCCGUCAUCAUAUAACACACAUGGAUAUUGUUGCUAUGAUUACGUUGUAUUUACGAUGAUGUGCCGUCAUAAUAUAUAAUGUGAAGUGACGUUGACAAAGAAAUCACAGCACAUUUCUCACAUCAUCCAUUUUUUUGGUGCGGACAAAAGUAUCGGGACGCUUUCGUCAGAGGUCACGGAGAGACGCCGUUUUAGUUCAACUCCUCGUUGUUUUGUUUGCAUUGCAUCUCAGUGCGCACACAUGAGCCAUUUCAAACAAAAAUGAGAAAACGUUCAAACGUUACAUCUUAAAGGCCUACUGAAACCCACUACUACCGACCACACAGUCUGAUAGUUUGUAUAUCAAUGAUGAAAUCUUAACAUUGCAACACAUGCCAAUACGGCCGGGUUAACUUAUAAAGUGCAAUUUUAAAUUUCCCGCUAAACUUCCGGUUGAAAACGUCUAUGUAUGAUGACGUAUGCGCGUGACGUCAAUCGUUGAAAUGGAAGUAUUCGGACGCCAUUAAAUCCAAUGCAAAAAGCUCUGUUUUCAUUUCAAAAUUACACAGUAUUCUGGACAACUGUGUUGGUGAAUCUUUUGCAAUUUGUUUAAUGAACAAUGAAGACUGCAAAGAAGAAUGUUGUAGGUGGGAUUGGUGUAUUAGCGGCUGGCUGCAGCAACACAAACAGGAGGACUUUGAGGUGGAUAGCAGACGCGCUAUCCGACGCUAGCCGCCGACCGCAUCGGUGAUAGGGUGAAGUCCUUCGUCGCACCGUCGAUCGCUGGAACGCAGGUGAGCAUGGGUGUUGAUGAGCAGAUGAGGGCUGGCUGGCGUAGGUGGAUAGCUAAUGUUUUUAGCAUAGCUCUGUGAGGUCCCGUUGCUAAGUUAGCUUCAAUGGCGUCGUUAGCAACAGCAUUGUUAAGCUUCGCCAGGCUGGAAAGCAUUAACCGUGUAUUUACAGGUCCAUGGUUUAAUAGUAUUGUUGAUUUUCUGUCUAUCCUUCCAGUCAGGGGCUUAUUUCUUUUGUUUCUGUAUGCAGUUAAGCCCGAUGCUAUCACGUUAGCUCCGUAGCUAGAGUGUUUUGCCGAUGUAAAGUCACUGUGAAUGUCCAUUUCGCGUUCUCGACUCUCAUUUUCAAGAGGAUAUAGUAUCCGAGGUGGUUUAAAAUACAAAUCCGUGAUCCACAAUAGAAAAAGGAGAGAGUGUGGAAUCCAAUGAGCCAGCUUGUACCUAAGUUACGGUCAGAGCGAAAAAAGAUGCGUCCUGCACUGCACUCUAGUCCUUCACUCUGACGUUCCUCAUCCACGAAUCUUUCAUUCUGGCUCAAAUUAAUGGGGUAAUCGUCGCUUUCUCGGUCCGAAUCGCUCUUGCUGCAUUGAAAACAAUGGGGAAAUGUGAGACGCCUUUCAACCUUUGACGUCACUCUACUUUCGGUACAGGCAAGGCUUCUUUUAUCAGCGACCAAAAGUUGCAAAUUUUAACGUCGAUGUUCUCUACUAAAUCCUUUCAGCAAAAAAAUGGCAAUAUCGCGAAAUGAUCAAGUAUGACACAUAGAAUGGAUCUGCUAUCCCCGUUUAAAUAAAACAAAUUCAUUUCAGUAGGCCUUUAAAGCCACAAACUUCUAAUAUACCGAAUUUUUUGGAAUAUAAAUCACUCCGGAGUAUAAAUCGCACCGGCCGAAAAUGCAUAAUAAAGAAGGAAAAAAACAUAUAUAAGUCGCACUAGAGUAUAAGUCACAAUUUUUGGGGAAAUUUAUUUGAUAAAAUCCAACACCAAGAAUAGACAUUUGAAAGGCAAUUUAAAAUAAAUAAAGAAUACUGAACAACAGGCUGAAUAAGUGUACGUUAUAUGACGCAUAAAUAACGAACUGAGAACGUGCCUGGUAUGUUAACGUAACAUAUUAUGGUAAGAGUCAUUCAAAUAACUAUAACAUAUAGAACAUGUUAUACGUUUACCAAACAAUUUGUCACUCCUAAUCGCUAAAUCCCAUGAAAUCUUCUUCCUCUGUGUCGCUUCUAAACAACUCUGCCAACUCCAAAGGUAGACAAUGCGUCGCUUCCUCUUCUAUCUUAUUUGAUAUUUUACGGUAAUGUGUUAAUAAUUUCACACAUAAGUCGCUCCAGAGUAUAAAUUGCACCCCCGGCCAAACUAUGAAAAAAACUGUGAUUUAUAAUCCGAAAAAUAUGGUACUGCUUUGGAAUCUGUGUCAUGUUUUGCUUCUGAUGAAUGAAAGAAGAAAACAACGUGUCAAAAUAAUGCUAAUACGAUCAUUUUGAUAUAAUAAUAAUGCAGGAGAGUUGUGUG